AAUAAAGUAAAGAAGUUUCACGAAAACCCUGAGGCGUAGACAAACGAAAAUGUAGACCCCGAAAUAGGUCAAGUGCAUUCUAUACUGGUUAAAAAGUGUUUUUCUAUUACCUUUCUGGAUUUUGCAGUACGUCAACCAUACGGAUCGAUUUCCGUGCGAGAGAGAAAUGGAUAGAUAACGGAUCAUUUUAACAACAACCAUCAAAGGACUUUACAGUCUCGAUUUCUCGCUGUUGUGUACAAGGAACACGUUCAUACUGCACGCGGUCACAAGGUUGUUUUGAAAUUCCCUGAUAGCCAACUUAUCCUCUUAUCAUGAGUCGGCUAUUCACGAAUCUGUCCUUCGAAUCGUGGCUGAAUCCGAACUGUCGGUGGAUCUGCCGGAGUAGCGUAACGCAAAUAAGAUGCAAUGCUUCGGUUUUUGGCUCCCAAACACAAGCUUGGUCUUACGUGAAACAACAAACUUUGGACGAAGCGUCUGCGAAGGUUUGUUUGAAUUGUAAAGUAGUUGUGAUGAGGCUUUCACUGAAGUUAAUCUGAACCGGCGUUUUUUUAAUUUAGUUUGACGAGAUGAAUAAUCUUUUACCAUUUUGUCAUCUUCACGAAAGACGAUCUAAAGUUUGUUUAAAAUAUAAUAUUUAAAGCUGUCGUUAAAACAUCGUUUGUGGUUUUGUGGACGGAAGUUGUAUUCAAUAAGUGAUCUUUUUUUCAGCCAUCGAUCCGCCUGACCCCGUUCCAAAUGCUCUGGGCCGGAAGAUUCAAAGAUGGAACCCACUUACUAGUAAGAUAAAAGUAACUUGGAGCUUUCUCCAGAGAUCAAGAAUUUUACAUUAUACUAAAUAACUGUGGCUGGAAUUUUUUGUUUCUUUGUGUGUUAGGCUCGUUUAAAUCUAAUAUGCUUUUUCUUGUAUGGACAUGUCUAAAUUUUUUAAGGUAUUCACACGGUUAAAUGGAUCCUAUGUAUUAACAUAAAAGUAAUAUGUUCCUUUUUUAGUUAUUUUACAAGAGGAAAUUGUAUGUUUGUUGCUCAUGCGUCACCCAUUGCCAUUUUAUUGUAGUUCUGAAAGAGAGUAUGAUGAUGCACUAUAAAUAAAAUCACCCUUUGUGGGAUAGUUUUACACCCAGCGGGCUUCUCUUUAACCAAAGUACAACAACAUACAUUAAAAGUGGUCUUAUCCAAGACAGCAGGGUUUGUACUCUUUAGUACUUUAGAAAAAAAUAAAACAUGUUUCCUUCUGUUCGUGGGAAUUGGAGAUUUAAAGAAGCUAUGCUCUAUGCACUGGUGAAUGCCCCCAAGCAAAAAAACAUGUUGUAAGUGACAGUCAGACAAUGCUUUAUCACCUGGUACACAGGAAAGAGUCUGGAAUAAAAGCUGUGAUUAAUUUUCCACCUGAGGGAUGACAAGUAACCAAUAUACCCAAAAUCAUCCUUUUAUUCAGAUAGGUAGUUUUAAAUUUUUUAAAAAAUAUUGUCACCCAUGAUUGUUUUGACUAACUAUUUAUUACAUUUCUGUAUAACAAGAAAAGGCAUGCAAAUUACUUUCUGUUUGGCUUUGCUAUGAAAACCUUGAAUAUCUGCUUGCAUUGGUUUUCGCUGUAGUUGCAACCUUUCCUCUAAAUAUUUUGACUGCUCCUAAUUCAAUCAUUUUAGUAAGUAAACCUGAAGUUACAAAUAUAUUCUGCUCUUGAAAAUCAGGCAGAUCAAUUGCUGUACAUAAUGCUAAGUAUUUCAAUCAAGAAGACACAAACAUGGAAAGAGUGAUUUUUUCAGCAUUAAUUUUUCAUCACAGUAAAUAUAGUGGUUGCUUAUCAUAAAACAAUUUGUUGAGGCAAAGUAAUUUUUUUGUCAUGUGAUGGCUUUAAAUGUUUUGGUACUUUAUAGCCACAGAUAAGAAUUGUUUUUUACAGUUUUAACCUCAAAAUAACUUGUGCAGAACAUUAUGAAUUCUUGCCAAGCAAGAAGAAUGCUUGUAAAUCAAUAACAGUAUGCAACUAUCUGGAUUGGAACUUGUUCAAGAAGAUUGUUUGAGUGUGAUGACUCAUGUAAGAAGAGGUUAUUUUUAGACAGAAUAUUUAAUUUGCUGUGCUAGCCCAAACUCUUGGCAUAUUUAGCUUUACCUUGGAAAUCUAUUGGUUAUUUUUCAAGUUUACUUUGCAGCUAUGAAAGCUAUUGCCUCCUCCCUCUGUCUGUUUUAAAAUAUGCAGUGGAUAGAAAUUUUGAAAUAACCGCAUCUUUUCCAUGGAUAAGUGGAAAAUAUCUAAUGUUUGAAUCUUUAAUAGCAUCAGCAGCUCCCUUAAAAGUGGAGAUAAAGUUUGUUUAUGUUAAAGAACAGUAGUAGUUACUCAGUUGUUUUAAUUUUUUUUUUUCAGUAACACCUGGUUGUGAAUUUGUUUUCUUACGAUACACCUGUGUAUUAAGGACUAAAAACAGUUAUAUAAUUAAGCCUAAUUAAUGCUUUUUAAUCUGACUUUGUAUUUUGUGACAUUUUGUUUUGUCAGAAAAGUGCCCAGUUUCUUCAAAAAGAGUUACCUAUUCGGGUUGCACGUCGUGUUGUUGACUUUCAAAAACUGCCUCACAUUGCUCUUUGCAAUCCAGUCAUUCAUGAUAUGGUAGGUGAACUUUGUACUUUGCUCUUAUCAUUUAUUUAUCACAUAUGAAUUAGGAAUAUCAGCAAUGUUAAAAUCCAGUGGAUUAGGAGAGAAACUAGAUUUUGUAGCCAUGAUGGGCAUUUAACUUGAGUUUGAAGAGUUUGAUGCAGCUUGACAAGAAGGAUGGCCAUAUACUGGGUGAAUGUACAUGUACCAUGAUCAGAUUAAGAAAUAGAUAUCAUGUUGACAUGUGCUUGUUUUGCAUCAUGUUAUGAAUAAUUUAGUUCAUUUUUAAGAUUUUAAAUUUUGUCUUUUUCUUUUAGUUCAUUUCUUGAGAUGAGUUGCGUUUACUUAACACCCAUUAGUUUUCUUUUAAAUAUUUGGAAUCUGUUUCAUUUUUAUUUCAGUAUGAAUUAUAUCUUAGAGCUUUUAGUAUGCUGUACAAAUUUCCCAAGGUAUGUUUUAUUCUUUCAAAGGACUAAUUUGUGAGACAUGUUAGUAAAGCUGCAAGUUAUCAGUAGAGGAAGUACAAAAAAUGCUAUUGAUAUACUUUUCCUCAGGCACCCCUAGUUAGCUUGUAGUCACUCUGGUUAUCAGACUAACCUUUCAUUCCCCAAUGUUAUUAUGCAUAUUCUUGAUUCUGAUCCAUAUACACUCAUCAUAGUAAUGACUAGGAGAAUUUGCGAAACAAUCAAGAAUGUCUCUACUUGAUGAUCUUUUCUAUAAUUCUGGUGACCUUGAUGUUGGAUUACAGCAGUGAUGUCGUAAGAAGAAAUUAAGUUCUAGUCACUCUGAGAGGUUAAAGGAUAGAGGGUUCAUGAUAUAAAAUAUUUGCUGCCUUUUGUAGAUGUAUCAUUUGCUUCAACUCUGGUACGAUGAGCAUGUCUAUUACUUAAUUUCAUAGGUGGAAAAUCUUGAAGCAGAGGAAAGAUAUUGUCGUACUAUCAGACAACUCUUAGAUGAUCAUCAAAGUGUUGUCACCCACCUAGCAGAGGGAUUCCAUGAAUGCCAGAAAAAUGUUCCAGUAAGUCAGAAUUUUCAAAAGAUUUAUUUAACUAUCAUCUUUGUUCUUUUAGGGAUAUCUAGAUAAGAACUCAUUAUCAAUGUUUUUAUGAUUGCAGUAUGAAAUAAUAGAUGCCUUUUUAAAUCGUACCCUGACAUCAAGGCUUGGAAUCCGCAUGUUAGCAGAACAUCAUCUUGCUCUAAGCAUGGACAAGGUGAAGUAUUUUAGGUUUAACUGUAGAGAUAAGAAGCCAGUGAUAAUACAAAAUCAUGUAGUGGUGCUUUGUUCAUCGUGGUGCAAGUUUCAAGUCUCAUUUUAUCAUUGCACUGCUCUUUUGGCUUGUUCUGUUUUUGUAUUGUUCCCUUAAGACUUUAUUUACAUGUAUUCAUAUUUUGAUAUCUACUGGUAUUCUUUUCAUUCUAACUUGUAAAACUUCCUGAAAAUGAGAAAACCUACAUACAUUUAGCUGCAAAGCAGCAUAAGUGAUACAGUAGUCUAGGUUUGAAUCAUGAUAUCAAACCUGAGAAUGGUUUCUCUCCUUGCUUUUCAAUUGUUUGCUUAUGCAGAAGCAAAAUUUCUCUCUUUCUGGAAAUGGAAUAAAAAUUUAUGACAUUUUAAUAUGUGUGGAAUGUUUGAUUUCUGUCACAGCCAAACUACAUUGGAAUUAUUUGUACUCACCUAAACCUUAAACAGAUUGUUGAGAGGAGUGGUGACUUUGCCAGGUAAAAUUUAUCAUGUACAGUCAUGUUUGUGAUUACUUCAGUGGUAAUAUUCACAGCCUUUAGUUAGCUUUUACUUAGGACAAGAAGAUGUUGACACUUAAAACUGUUGAAGAAAAAAAAAGGUAGUUUUUGCUGUCUUGAGGCUGAGAUGAAAAAAUGUCAGAGCUGGGACCUUGUACUUCUUGUUAGUAGUCACUUGGAUCAGGGUUAUUCUGCAAAUUUUUUUGGCUUCUUCAGUCGUCAACUCAAAAUAUCCAGAUAGAAGAUAUCUGUAUUGUUACUUUAAAACUUAACAGAAACCCUGUGGGUACUGAUGUGUUUAUACGAGCAAUGUAAUGGAAUAAGGCGAAAGAAGAUAGUGGGAUGGCAGAUGUUGUGUUUUGUUUUAUAGGCAAGUUUGUGAACAUACUUAUGGUGUAGCUCCAGGACUUAUUGUCAAUGGCCACACAAAAGCAAUCUUUCCUCACAUUCCUGCACCUCUUGAAUACAUUCUUCAGGAACUCUUGAAAAAUGCCAUGAGGUUAGUGAGUUUCUAUUGACCAAGGUUUCCUUUCUAAUGCUAAUUUUUAUAAUCUGCAUCCAUUGUUUGAUAUUUGUUUGUCUCAAAUCUCAAAUAAAAAGGCAUCUAUUUAGAAUAGGAAAGCUCUUUGUGUUUUCAUCUGAAUUUUUUUCCUAUGUACUUUUGUGAUAAGCAUUUUCAAUUGUUCUUGUAAUAGUAAUGGUAUGAUUGCUAUACUUGUAACUGCUAGACACAGGUUGACUGAAUGGGAGAACUUCAAUGUGUUUGCUGACUUAUUCUAGGGCCAGUGUGGAAUUUCACUUAGACAGACCUAAUGAAGUGCCCAAUGUUGUAGUCACACUCUGCAGCAAUGAUACUGAAUUCUUUGUCAGGUAAAAACAACUUCUUCAACUUGCAUCCACCUUUGUAGCUGUUGUUGAUCAGAUUGCACCUUGCUUUAAAGUUUUCAAACAGUUUGAAUGUAAUUUUUCUUAGUGAAGUAUUCAUUAUCUGAGACAAAGGAAAAGAUUAGCAAACUGGGUUGAUACUUUUUAACCUGGGAAAAAUUUAGAUUAGAACAGUUGAUUGAAAUAGCAACCAAAUCAAACUUCAUUCAAGUUCUUAGUUUUUUAAUCAUUAAUCAUUGUGUGGUAUUGAAUGCCUUUGAGCUGUGGUAAAAUUAGACAACUAUGCCCCUUUAGCCAAAAGAUCCUUCACGACAAUAAAUAAACUCGUCUAUCUUUGCAGGAUUUCUGAUCGUGGAGGUGGCAUCCCAGAGUCCCAGCGCCAGGAUAUCUUUAAGUAUUCGUUCACCACUAUGGGUGACCGAAGCACCAUAAAGCCCUCAGACAGUGACAAUAUCCUCUCAGAAAUGUGUGCAGGACACCCAAGCAGUUCACCUAGUGGGGGUCCCAUGGCAGGAUGGGGCUUUGGUCUUCCUACGUCUCGUGCUUAUGCUACGUAUCUUGGAGGAUCACUUCACCUGCUGUCCAUGGAGGGCUUGGGUACAGAUGUGUAUUUGCGGUUAAGGCACAUUGAUGGAAAGAAGGAGAGCUUUCGCAUUUAGUGCAGGAGCACUUCAGCUCCCAAUGAGCAUGUUUUGACCUCAAGGAGUCUGCUCUUCUUGCCACCAAGGGUACUGAUUCUCUUAGACAAUUGUCCUUUUAAAAAUAUUGCAUGUUAGGGAAAUAUCUGUAUGCCAAAAGAAAUAAAUGACAGGAGUUCAGCAAAGCUAAAAAAUCAUUAUCCAACAAAAUAUCCCAUGUAGUCAGCCAAUUAAUCCAACAUAAAUCCAAGUUAUUCUCAAAUGAAGUGGAACUUUUCAGGCUCUACCCACAGAGUGCAGAUGUUUUACUUCAUUCUAUACUUUGCAUAGAUCUGUCAUUUAAGAAUUGAAGGUUACAACAAUAUCCUACUGGUUUAUCAUAGCAUGGUCUCAACUCAUACUGAAUAUAGGAGGUGAAUAUUAAGGCAUUUUCGGUUUACCGUGUGACUUAUUUGGCAAAUGAUUUUUCCGUUGUAGGCAAAUUAACUUCCAUAAAAGUAACAAGUGACAGUCUUUCAAUGAUUGCUCCAGUGUGGUAGUCAAUAAGUAGGUUCAAUGUAUCUUAUUGAGACCGCAAAUCGCACCCCAUUAUGAACAGUACUGUGAGAUUACACAGAGAUUACAUUGCAAUGAUUAUUUAAGUAUUAAUGUCAUUAAAAUUAUUAAAAAGAAGAUCAGAUUUGUUACAUUAGUCUCAUAUUGAAAUAGCUAUUUUAAUGCCGUGAGUUUGAAAUUAAGUCAUAUUUAUGUUUUUGGCUUCUUAAUCAGAUUAAAAUUGUAAUUAUUAUUUAAUUCUAAAAGUCUGUAGUGAGACUUAACUCGCUGAUUAUUUUUACCACAGAAGGCAUUUAUUAUCUUUUAUUGUAAUAAUGAAAUAAAUUAGCGCAAAGUUUAUUAAAAUAUUAUUGUGGACUG